AUGGCAGCAAGUUCAUCAAUGGUGCCGCCCAAGGGUCUGCCAUGGACAACGCGGGCGAAGCAGCUCCAGCUGCAGGCGGACGAGAUCGCCAAGCUCAAGAAGCAGCUGCAGCAGGCGACCAGCCGCCCCCCCGCGGACACCGACCAGGCGGCCAUGGAUUUGGACGAGGCCAGCGGCCAGGAUGAGCCCUCGUACAUCGAGAUGGCCACGAAGUUCAAGUCUGAGCUCGCAGAGCUCAAGAGGCGUACGGUGGAGGCCAAGCCCCUCAACAAGAGGAUCGAGGAUGCCAAUCGCGAGGUGCGGAGGCUCCAGACCGUGCAGUCCAAGCAUGCCAAGAAGGUUGAGGAGCUCAAGCGAGCAGCCGAGAAGGCGCAGGAGGCCCUGGGCGAGGCGCAGGCGCGAGCAGCCAAGUUGGACGGCGAGCUCACCAGCGCCCAGCAGAGCCUCUCGGAGCUCACGGUGCGCAUCCCUGGGGUCAAUGCGGCUCCUCCUGUUGGGCCUGCUCCUGGGCCUGAUGAGUUCGUGCCUGGUCUUACUGCGGUCAUGGCGAGCCUCGGCACGUACCUCUCGGCCAAGGGCCUUCCUGGGGAACUCAGCGACGAGAUCAUCCAGAACUUCCGGGUCGCGGAGGUCAAGGCCAAUGAGGCUGUUCAGAAGGCAGCGGAGGAGGCGGAGUUCCGCGCGCAGCAGUUGCGUGAGCAGGCUGCUCCUGAGGUGGGGGCGACGCCUCCAGGAGGUACGCAGCCGGAGCAACAGCCUGGAGUGCCAGCUCGGGCGGACCUCUCUGCGGAGCAGCUGCGACAGUUCCUCGAGUCCAACUCCCAGUCUGUCCCUGCCGAGGCGGACGAGGAGCAGCUCCGCUCGCUAGCCAAGCGCACCUACGAUGCCAUCCAGAACUUCGCGGCCUCUGUCUCCAAGAAGGCCAGGACCGACGUUCGCACCCUGGACUCCAGCGGGGUGGCGGUACUGGUUCCCAGCAACGUGAUGGUCUCUGCGCCGCCUCUGGCGGCAGAGCCCACGUUGGUGCCCGGGCGAGCCGUGGCUGGCCAUGUGCACGCGGGGCUCGCCAAGGGCUACGUGGCGGUCUCACUGUACCUCUGGUGCGCGGAGGGCCUCUCGGACGAGAAUCGCGCCAUCUUGCACGAGGUGAUGGGGUACCUGGUGCGCCUCAACGCCAUCGGGAUGCCGUGGGUGCUCGGGGGCGACUGGAACCUGGAGCCGUCGGUCUUGACGGAGCUGCAUGAGUUUCGGGCUGCGCAGGGGCUGGUCUACGCCACGACGCAGCCGACCUGUACAGCGGCAUGGCCUGGUGUUGUAUAUGAUUAUUUCCUCGUUAGCGUGACGAUGGGUUUGCGAGCAGAGCAAGCUUCGAGGGCGGACCCGAACGUGCAGCAACCCAUGACCAGGGCCGAGGUCGAUAACGCAGUCAGCACGGGCCCGCACGUGCCCGUCAGCCUCGGCUUCCACGGGAAGCCUAGGACAUUGUGGGUCAGGCAAAUCUCCGAACCACGGAAACUGCGGGAGCCGCCGCCGUCAGGCUGUGCGCGGUUUCCGCUUGACUGGGGACGGGCGCAGGCGGUGAUCCAGGCCGCGACGGACAAGACGGGCUUGGGCCAGGCGUGGGACCUCGUGCUGGAGGGCCUCCACAUCGAGCUGCUGGGCAGGCUGGACCGCCUGGACGAGACCAAGGGCACGCCCAUCAGCGGACCGAUCGGAAUGCGCUGGGGGCACUUCCAGCCGCAGGGCACCAACAAGAAGAUCGGCGACAGGCGCGAUGGGGCUUCGCACGCUUGGGCGGUGGCUGCGAGGUGGGCCAGGCAUAUUGGCAACAUGAGCUACUACCACGACCACCUCUGCGAGGUGCUGAAGGACCCCGCGAAAAGGCAUGGCAGCCCGUCUGAGGAGCAGCUGUGCGCCAAGAUGGGCAAGUCGCUGUACGAUCUAAUCGGCUUCUUCAGCAGGAUCCAGAAGAACUCGGCCGUGCUCCAACUGCUGGACCAGCGCGCGCGGGAGCUGUUCCAUGCUGGCCUGUUGCGGAUGGCCGAGCCCGAUCUCAAUGAAGAGGUGGAGUACGUCACCCGUAGGGCCGAGGAGCUGCGGGCCAAGGCCGCAGCUGCUCAGGAGCGCUCCUGGCGGCACUGGGUCGAGCAGGCAUUGACAGGUGGCGCUGGGCUUGCACACCGGCUUCUUAGACCUCGAGAGCUCCAGGAAGUUCUUCAGAGUUCGGAGGGUGGUCAGCCCUACAAGUACGCGGACGACUGCAUGCAGCAGUGGGGGCAGAUAUGGAGCACGCACAACGGCCGCCAGCUCGACCCGCCCUCGGACGUUCAGUGGGACCCCCUCCCAGCGCUGACAGCAGCGGACAUCCGACAUGCCGUCGGCGCCUUCCCGUGGAGAACGGGAGUGGGCCAGGUUCCGGUAGCGCCGAGGCUCCUCGAGCAGGCGUCGGACGAGACCAAUAUGGAGGCGGAGAUCGCGGACUUGGGGGAGCACGCAGUCACGGUGCUUUUCGACCUCCUCAAGCUCUAUGAGCUGGUGCGGCACGAUGUCCUGUGUGAUUGCUGCCAGGCCCUUGGCUACCCCAUGCGCACGGCGUGGAUGCUGGUGGGGUCGUACCAGCAGCCGCGGACGAUCCGCGCCUACGGCUCGCUCUCCGCCAUGGUCACGGCCUCCCAGGGCAUGCUAGCCGGGUGUUCCCACGCCACGACGCUGGCCAGGGUUUUGCUUACGAAAGGGCUGAAUGUGUCGAUAGCAAGGAGCCCUUUGGUGCGGCCACGCGCGCUGAUUGACGACGUCUCCUUCCAGUGGGUGGGGACUGACCUGAGCACCCUCGGCCAGCUCUGGACCACGGUGCGCACCUUCUGCUUGGAGCUGCAGCCGCUCGGCUGCCUGGUCCAGCCCGCGAAGUGCGGGUUCGUCGCCACGACGAGGGAGGCGAAGCGGAAGUUCGCGGAGCACGUAAAGGUCAUCCGCUUCCGCGGGAAAGCCCACAUGCGGAACCUUGGCCACGAGCUCCACGGCAGGGCGGUCAAAAAGCUGGUCCAUAGGCGUCGCAUGGUGAACAUCGGCGGCAAGUGGAGCAAGAUUGACCAGCUCCGCAAGGCCGUGGGGUCCAGGAAGGCAGGCGUCCUCUGGGAGACUGGGGACCUGCCAGCGGCCGCACAUGGCACGAGCGUGGCCGGGUGCGAAGACCAGUCGCUCCGGCAGCUCCGUGCGACGGCGGGCCGCUUCGCGGGCUACAAGGGCCACGGGUCCUUGACGACCUACCUGAUGACGAUGCCAGCCAGGACCUUCGACCCGAUCCUCGAGGUCACGAUGGCGGUGGUCGGGAAUUUCGCAGAUUGGGUCUGGCAAGCGAGGGGCUCUCCCGCGAGGCUCUGCAAGGCCUUCCUCGCCAUGCAGUCCAAGUUCGAGGUCGUGCACUUGCUGCGCCAGGCGCCUUCGGAUGUCCUGACGCUCCUGGAGCAGGGCAUCGUGAGAUGGCAGGAGCGCCGCAUGCUGGCGCACUACCCCGCGCACUACCAGGGCUUCCAGGUCUGGGGGAGGGCGCUGGCCCUGGGCCACCAGGGCUCCAACGGCCACUUGUACUUCGAGUGCGAGGCGUUUCAGCGGCAGCAGGACGAUGAGGAGGAGGAACCUUCCCCCGAGGAGCUGCUGGUCACCCGAGAGAGGCUGCGGGGGCAGGCAGUGGACACGGGCGAUGGGCCCAGCUACGAGCACCUUGAGUUCGCCCUGCCGCUCGCCCCUCCGCUGCCCGACCAGGUCCCCGAGGAGCUCCCGGAGUUCGAGCGGGGGCUGGAGGGGCAAGCUUGGGGGCAGCAGCUCUUUGUCGACGGGUCUGGCCGCCGCUCGUCGUUCGUGGAGGCGCGCAGGCUCGGAUGGUCAGUCGUUCAGAUUUCGGGCGAGCUGCUGCCGAUUAAGGCGCGCUGGGGCGGCCUCCCGGGGCUCGCGCAGACGGUGCCGAGGUCGGAGCGGCACGCCGGCAUGCGAGCCAUUCAGCUUGGGCGGCCGCCAGUGCACGUGCUGUCAGACCAGAUGUCGUUCGUGCAGGAGGUCCGCGAGUGGCAGGGUAGGCACACCAGGCCGCGAGCUCCGCACGCGAUGGUUUGGCGGCAAAUCGCGGCGACGGUGGAGGGGCGCGGCGCGCCCAUGCCGACUGCACAGUGGGUGCGUGCCCACCGCGAGCUGGAGGACGCCGUGCUGGCCGACGGAACGGCUUUCCGCUACGUCGGCAAUUUCUGGGCCGACGUCUUCGCCAAGAUGGGCUCGGCCAGCAUCAUGGUGUCGGAGGUGCACGUGCGGGCGUGCGAGAUCCAGCUGCGGGACGUUCGGGAGGCCAUGCGCUACGUGGCCUGGGCGGCUGAGCGCGCAGUGCGGCUUUCAGUUGGCGGGUCAGCUGCGGUCCCGCAGCAGGUAGCCAAGGUGGCCCAGGUGGGCAUGAAGGUACCAGAGUUGGUGGCCCACGACCUCAAGCAGCUCACCAACGGAGCGCUGAAGUGCACG